CCUUUAAAUCAUCAUCAUUUUCAUGGCAGAGAAGAAGAACAAUUGCAAACCGAAACCCUAAAAAUUCGAAAUUAGCUAAGAGAAAAUGGAAGGAUCGAAGCAGCAGCAGAUUUUGCUUCAAAUGCAGCAGCAACAACAGCUGCAGCAGCGUCAACAACAGCUCUUUCUGAUGCAGCAUCUGCAGAAACAGCAGCAACAGGCGGCGAUGUCGAGGUUUCCGUCGAAUAUCGACGCUCAUCUCCGUCCUCUGGGAUUAAUCCCGAACCGACCCGUUAACCCGUCUCUUCAGAACGCAAUCCCUAACCCUAGUUCUGCCCCUAAUUUGCUUCAACACACCAAUAACUUUCAGCAAGAGCAGCAGAGUGUGCCUAGUCAGCAGAAGACGAUGAUGAUGAUGCAGCAGCAGCAGCAACAACAACAACAACAACAACAGAAAUCGAUGGUGAUGAUGCAGCAACAACAACAUCAACAGCAGAAUUCGAUGCGUCCAUUGAAUCAAUUGGAGUUACAGUUCGCUUACCAAGACGCGUGGCGUGUCUGCCAUCCUGAUUUCAAGCGACCUUUCGCUUCUCUCGAAGACGCCUGUGAAAGAUUGUUACCUUAUCACGUCGUGGCAGAUUACGAAGCAGAAGAGGACGACAGAAUCCUCGAUUCAGACACAACAAGCGAGACGCUAUCACGAAAUCAGCAAUGGGACAACAACAUUGCAGCCAAAGUCGCAGAAUUCACGGCGACAUUUGAGAAGCAAGCCCAAGCUUUCAACAUAAUAACUCAAAAGAGAAAGGGUGGAGAGCUCAGAUCGGAGGAAAGGUUGAUGGUUGAGCAAGCUUUGCUCCAAGACGAGAGAAAAGCAUGUGUUGAUGUGAAAUCAGAGUUGGAUAGAGAGAUGAAGGCUCAGGAGGCGAGGUUAAGAAUGGUGGCUUUGGCUCAAGCAGGACAAGUGAAGGCAGAGUCACUCCAAUCUCAUACCGAGAUGAUGGCUCGCAAUCCGCUGAGAGCUAAUGCGAUUGGGAAUCAUGGAGAACAAAGACGUAACAUGAACCCUGAUGAGAUGAUGAUGAUGAUGAUGCAUGGAUGGGGGAAUAAUAGUAAUAAUAAUAGUCAGAGAGAGGACAAGGAACCAGUAGAAGAUUUCUUGAAUGAUGAAGAAAAUGAAAAUGGAGAAACUGGUGAACAUGGGAACUGGCGAGGAAAUGGGGAGUUUGAUUUGAAUACUCGGUAAAUGGAACAAAGAGAUUAUAUUUUUUCCUUUUUUUCUUUUUCUUUUUUGGUGAUCCAAAUACUUGCAGAAUGCGAUGGUUUGUAGUUAAAACUUGAAAGGUAGUGAGAGUACUGAGAGAUAAGGUGUUCUUCUCGACUUUGGUUACAGUAAAAAGAAAAUGACGCUGAUCAAGUUAGUU